GGCGCCGUCUUGAUACUUUCAGAAAGAAUGCAUUCCCUGUAAAAAAAAAAAUACUGAGAGAGGGAGAGAGAGAGACAGAGAGAGGAAAAGAGAGAGACGGAGAGAGCGCGAGACAGAGCGAGCCAGGCAAUCUGACCGAGCAGGUCAUACGCCUCCUCCUCCUCCUCCUCCUCUCUGCUCCUCGCUGCUCAGGUGACCCGAGGGGAGACUCAGCCUCGGAGCCGCGGAGGAGCCCGGUGCACAGGAGCCUCCCUCGCAGGAUUGCAGAGUCCUCGCCCCCUUUUACAGCUUGGCCCCUGUUAUCCUGUCGUGCCUGGUUUUUUGGAUUUUUUCCCUUCCCUUUCUUCUCUUUGCUAAACCACCCCUCAAGGAUUUUUUCAAAGCCCUCUGGUUCGCUCACCUUUCCUUCCCAACCUUCCCAUUCCCCCACUGAGAGCGAAUCAUUAAGCGACCCCCGGCCCUCCGACGGCAGGAGCCCCCCGACCUCCCAGGCCGACCGCCCUCCCUCUCCGCGCGCGGGUGCCGGGCCCGGCGAGAGGGCGCGAGCGCAGCCGAGGCCAUGGAGGUGACGGCGGACCAGCCGCGCUGGGUGAGCCACCACCACCCCGCGGUGCUCAACGGGCAGCACCCGGACACGCACCACCCGGGCCUCGGCCACUCCUACAUGGACCCGGCGCAGUACCCGCUGCCCGAGGAGGUGGAUGUACUUUUUAACAUCGACGGUCAAGGCAACCACGUCCCGUCCUACUACGGAAACUCGGUCAGAGCCACGGUGCAGAGGUACCCCCCGGCCCACCACGGGAGCCAGGUGUGCCGCCCGCCCCUGCUGCACGGAUCCCUGCCCUGGCUGGAUGGCGGCAAAGCCCUGGGCGGCCACCACACCGCUUCGCCCUGGAACCUCAGCCCCUUCUCCAAGACGUCCAUCCACCACGGCUCCCCGGGGCCCCUCUCCGUCUACCCCCCGGCCUCGUCCUCCUCCCUGUCGGGGGGCCACGCCAGCCCGCACCUCUUCACCUUCCCGCCCACCCCGCCCAAGGACGUCUCCCCGGACCCAUCGCUGUCCACCCCGGGCUCGGCCGGCUCGGGCCGGCAGGACGAGAAAGAGUGCCUCAAGUACCAGGUGCCGCUGCCCGACAGCAUGAAGCUGGAGUCGUCGCACUCCCGCGGCAGCAUGACCACCCUGGGGGGGGCCUCCUCGUCGGCCCACCACCCCAUCACCACCUACCCGCCCUACGUGCCCGAGUACAGCUCCGGACUCUUCCCCCCCAGCAGCCUGCUGGGCGGCUCCCCCACCGGCUUCGGAUGCAAGUCGAGGCCCAAGGCCCGAUCCAGCACAGAAGGCAGGGAGUGUGUGAACUGCGGGGCAACCUCCACCCCACUGUGGCGGCGCGACGGCACCGGGCACUACCUGUGCAACGCCUGCGGGCUCUACCACAAAAUGAACGGACAGAACCGGCCCCUCAUCAAGCCCAAGCGGAGGCUGUCUGCAGCCAGGAGAGCAGGGACGUCCUGCGCAAACUGUCAGACCACCACGACCACGCUCUGGAGGAGGAAUGCCAACGGGGACCCUGUCUGCAACGCCUGCGGGCUCUACUACAAGCUGCACAAUAUUAACAGACCCCUGACCAUGAAGAAGGAAGGCAUCCAGACCAGAAACCGGAAAAUGUCUAGCAAAUCGAAAAAGUGCAAAAAGGUGCACGACACGCUGGAGGACUUCCCCAAGAACAGCUCGUUUAACCCGGCCGCCCUCUCCAGACACAUGUCCUCCCUGAGCCACAUCUCGCCCUUCAGCCACUCCAGCCACAUGCUGACCACACCCACGCCCAUGCACCCGCCGUCCAGCCUGUCCUUCGGACCUCACCAUCCUUCCAGCAUGGUCACCGCCAUGGGUUAGAGGCCUGCUCGACGCUCACCGGGCUCCACGCGGGAGUCCCCGAAGCCCCUUCGACUUGCAUUUGUGCAGGAGCAGUAUCAUGAAGCCCGAAGGCCAUGGAUAUACGUUUUCGAAGGCAGAAAGCAAAAUGAUGUUUGCCACUUUGCAAAGGAGCUCGCUGUGGUGUCUGUGUUCCGACCACCGAAUCUGGGUCCCAUUUGUGAAUAAGCCAUUCAGACUCUCAUCCCCUAUUUAACAGGGUCUCUAGUGCUGUGAAAAAAAAAAUGCUGAACAUUGCAUAUAACUUAUAUUGUAAGAAAUACUGUACAUUUGAGGAAGACUCUAUUGCAUCUGGGUAGCUGUCAGGCAUGAAGGAUGCCAAGAAGUUUAAGGAAUAUGGGGGAAAAUAAAGUAUGGGAUUAAGAAGAAACUAGGUCUGAUAUCCAAAUGGACAAACUGCCAGUUUUGUUUCCUUUCACUGGCCACAGCUGUUUGAUGCAUUAAAAGAAAAAAAAAAACAAAAAAGAAAAAA